AAAAAAAAAAAAAAAAAAAAAUUUCAUUCAAACCGAAUUUUUUUCUUUUAAUUAAACAGAUGUUAAUUAAAGUGUAAAAUAGUAUUUUCUACAUUAAUUUAAGAUCAAAGGGAUAUUUUUUUUUUGUGUGAUGCUUUUACAAAUUCUGUGUCUGGUGGUAUAUCACAAUCCAGUGUCAAUAUAAAGUGUAAUUAUAUGAUUUUAAAAUUAGAAAAUUUAAUCCUGAUUUUUAUUCUCUAAGGUUGCAGCCACGGAAAUAGCUAUGAAUUUGCAAACAGUUGUAUAUAUAUAUGUGUGUAUUUUCAUCAUCAGUUGGUAAAGUACUCUAUCCUGAUGCACGUGCUCUGAUUUAAAUUCAACUAAAAAUUUAAUUACAAUAAUAAAACAAUAAAAAAAAAAAAUCAAAGUUAAUUUACACAAUUUCAAGAAAAAAAAAGCCAAAUUUUUUUUUUCCUUUUUAAAAAAUUAUCUUCAUUUCAUUUUUUAUUAUAUUAAAUGCAAAUAAUCGAAUUUUUCAUGAAAAGUGACAUAUAUAUUGAAGAGUGAAAAUUGUUAAAUGACAUAAAAGCCGAUGGAAAUUCAGUAGAAACAGAGGAUAUUAAAUGUAAUAAAAAAAAAAGAAGAAAAAAAUAAAAAACUUCAGUUAUGGAAACAACCUGAAAAGUGUGGACGAAAAGAUAAAAAAAAAAAAAAAAAAAAAAAAAAAAAAAGUGAUGAAAAAAAUGGACAAAUAAUAAAAGUGAACACACAAACAGGGGGGUAAAAAAAAAAUAAUGAUUAUGAUGAUGAUGAACAUAACGAGUGAAUCAUCGAUCACAAUGAGUGUUAAUUGCUCCAUUGAAGAGAGUAAUUGUACAGAUGAGCCCUAUUUGCCCUAUAGUGACAGGCCAGAAACAUAUAUUUUGCCAUUUGUCUUUUUAUUUAUACUCAUCGUUGGAGUUACUGGAAAUGGUGUUUUAGUUCUCACAAUUUUACGUCAUGCUAACAUGAGAAAUGUUCCCAAUACUUAUGUUCUUUCAUUGGCACUUGGAGAUCUUUUGGUGAUUUUAACAUGUGUCCCUUUCACGAUUACUGUCUAUGUACUCGACUCUUGGCCAUUUGGACUUAUUCUCUGUAAAAUUUCUGAAUGUGCAAAAGAUAUAUCAGUUGGAGUUUCAGUUUUCACUUUGACGGCACUUUCAGCUGAUCGAUUCUUCGCUAUUGUUGAUCCAAUGAGAAAACUUCAUGCCACUGGUGGCGGACGGCGUGCAACUAGAUUUACAAAUUCGAUAGCGACUCUGAUUUGGUGUCUAGCGGUGAUUUGUGCUACACCAGCAGCUUUUUCCUACAUAAGAGUUUUUCGGGUUAACAAGGACGUAUCUUUUCAGACUUGCUAUCCAUUUCCAGAGGAAUUUGGACCAAAUUAUCCUAGAACAGUAUUAGUGUGCAGAUUCUUCGUUUAUUACGCUAUUCCACUAACUAUCAUUGCUGUAUUUUAUUUUUUAAUGGCCAGACAUUUAGUUCAAAGUACUCGCAAUAUACCUGGUGAAAUGCAAGGUCAGGUAAAACAAAUCAAGGCAAGAAAAAAGGUUGCUAAAAUGGUGAUGGCAUUUGUUGUGAUUUUUGCUAUUUGCUUCUUUCCACAACAUGUUUUUAUGCUGUGGUUUUACAUUCAUCCAACAGCUGAGAGGGAUUAUAAUUCUUUUUGGCAUCUUUUUCGCAUUGUUGGAUUUUGUUUGGCAUUUGCGAAUAGCUGCAUAAAUCCAAUUGCUCUUUAUUUAGUAAGUGGCUCCUUUAGAAAAUAUUUCAAAAGAUAUUUAUUUUGUUGUUGUGUAAAGAGAAGUGAAAGAAAUUCAAUAAUAGGAUCAAGAAGAAGAGAUUUGAGUCUUUCAAUCACUAUGUCUAGACGACAGACAAGUUCUCGAAGGUGUCAUCAAAGUAUAAUACAAAUGACAACAUGGCAAUCACCAACUGUACAUAUUCGUGAUCGAUCUCAACAUGAGCAAGAAACAACAACAACUGCCUGCAAUAAUGGUUAUGAACAAAAAAUAUGAGAUUUAAAUCACGACACGAUUCUUCAGAAAUCUUUUAUAACAAAUUGUAAAAUUUAAAAACCUCUUUUAAAUUCGCAAAUUGAAUAUUUUUGAACAAAAAAAAAAAUGAGAAUCAUCAAAUUCCUUAAAAAAUUUCAAUCCACAAAUUUAUCAAAAAAGAUUUUUUUUUUUCUGUGACAUUUAAAAUAUUCUUUAGAGAGGAAUUUUUUUUUUUUUCUUUUUUUAAUCACUUUAUUAAACACACAGAGCUUUUAUCAAAAUUAAAUUCAAACAAAUGAAUAUAAUAACAAACGGAUAUAUAUAUCAAGGAUAUAAUAAUUUAUUCGGACAUUUAUUAAUUACCGAGUGAUAUAAUGAAUAUUUCUCAUAACAGAGGGAAAAAAAUAUAAUAAUCAAUAAAUUUUGUGAAAAUAUCAAAAUUUUGGGACGAUGAGCAAUAAAAUUAGCACAAAAUUACAAUCGAUAAAAUAUGAGAUUUAAAUCCAUGAGAAUAAUUAUUAUCGCAGGCUAAAAUAAACGGAUAAUUUUGAAGAAAAAAUUUAUUUUCAUUAAAAAUUACCCCUUUUGAAACCAAAUAAAAUGUAUUUCUUACAAAAAUUCCCUUUUAGAUCGUAAAGACGAACGAAAAUUGAGAAGAUCUACUAUUGAAAUCGCAGGAAACAGCGAAUCCAGCAUACUCGAAUUUCAAAAAAAAAAAAACAACAAACAAACAAACGGAAUUAACUUUCAAGGAAAAAAGAAAACAGAAACUUAAUAUAAAAAUAGUUGAUCGAGCGUAGAGGAAAAUUUUAUCGACAAAAAAAAAAAAAAAAUGAGAAAAAAAAAAGAAAA